UGGGUAAUAGGAAGGAGACUGUGAAUGUGGGCCUGGCGAGGUGUUGAAUAUAGUGAUUGAGAGAGGAAACAUCGUAGUGGCGUGUCUAUGGGAGUGCUGCAUGAUGAGGUGGUCAUGUAAAGGGUGAUUAGAGGAUAGAGGAGGCAGUGUGUUAGUGUGACUCACGCCCAGACAAGGGUGACUCAGUGAUUUGCUGAUAGUGUGAUUAGUAUGGAUAAUCACCAGGCAUUUCCUAAUGAACAUAGUGUUAUAUGGCCACUCUGUGGUGUCUUGGAUCUUUAGUUAGUGUGAUGUAGAGGAGGUGUAGUGCUGCUGGAGAGAGGCAGCAAGGAUGGUAUUGGAGGUGUACAUGUGGGUAGGGUUGGCAGCCCUGUUCCUGCCACUCCUGACCCCUAGUGUAGCAGGAGAGUGCAUCAGAUUGGAGCAAGAUACCAUUCUUCUCAAUGAUCUCAAGGACAUGAAGGACAGGCUUUGCUACAGGUGUUAUGAAGUGUCAGCACCCAAGCAACUUCAAGUACAGCUGCAUCGAAUGCGGCUCAAGGGGCUGUCCUCCAUCAUGAUCUACAUAGAUGGCAGUGCCAACCAUGUUCUUGUGGACUGUGGAGACUGCCAGGGGGAGAGUGCCUGCCAGGAGUGCGAGGAAGUGGCACGCGGCACAAUGUUUGAGCUGUACCUCCGCCAAGACACAAACCUGGAACUAGAGGAAAGCCAGAAUGCUUGUGAAUACAUUGCCUCAUUCAACAUCACCUUAGAUGUGAUAAGUGAUGGGCCAGAGGUGAAACCUCCGCUGAGCUGUGACAAGGGUUUCCUGGCAACCUUCCCUCAAGCGGGGGACUCGUGCCUCAUCAACACCACAGCGGUGGGCACAGAGAUGCGCUGCCUGGUGCCCACCUGUGCUGAGGGCAUCCUCUCCUCAGACGCCUUGGUGGAGAGGAUUGAGCACAAGUUUAAGGCGUCAUCUUCACCUGAGACAUGUGUGUGGCGCCUCAACACUGAGCAGCACAAGCAACUCACCCUCUCCCUCUCAAAAGACAUCCGGCCACACCUCAUGGUGUUCGAGGAGUCCCUUACUAACCCACGCUGGGAUGUGCAGUGGUGUUCAGGACACAGUGAUAACUACAAGCUGGACACCGUGUCUGACACAGUGUUUGUGGUGUACCACAACACUGAUGGGCCCACCAAGAAGGGCUCCCUCGCCAUCACCCUGCAGGCAGCCUGCCUCAUUCCCCCCUCUCUGGAAAAUGGGGAUGUGGCAUUCGAGCGGCUGGAGUCAGGCAUGGUGGCACUGUACUCCUGCAACCAUGGCUACACCAUUAUUGGGCCAUCCAAGCUGAGGUGCAAGGACGGGGUCUGGAGUGACCCUCCUGUGUGUCUCCAUGACAAGGAUAAACUGAUGUCUGAUGCCCCAAUGGAUUCAGUAGAGAGUGUGGACAGUGCCAAUGUCACUGAUUUAGCCCCAGAGAAUGACACUAACUUGACAACAAAUGACAACACUGAGCAGGAGAUGAAGCUGGACACUGUGGUGAAGGACGAGGGAGAUGUGAUGAUGGAUUUCAACGACGAAGGGGAGACUGAGGUGGAGAAGGAUGGUGAGGAGUACACUACUUCAGAACCUGACGUAGAAGACGAGGAGGUGGAGAUGAAGGCGUACCCAACAUUUGGCUUUGAUCUAGACGAUGAGUACCCUUCAAAUGACACCUUGGACACAACACAGCAGCCCUCCUUCAACACCACAGAGGAGCCUGGGGGAAUCUUCACUGGUCUUCUCAAUCUUAACCUAGAGGAGGACAUGUACACCAUUAUCAUUGCUGGUGCAGGACUUGCUGGGCUGCUGCUACUCAUCAUUAUCAUCACUGUUGUUGUCUAUCGCAAGAGGUACCCAAUGAGUGGUCUUGGCCGCCGGUUUGACACCUUCCAGAACCCGAUUUACGAGAAGGCCGUGGUGCGGGUGCCUCUGCAAGUGGAGGAGCCACCCCCAGAGGAGAAAAAGGCAAGUGACGCAGAGGAGAUCAGCAACUGCACUAUGCUGGAGCCGUAAAUGCCCUUAACUAUGAUCUCAUUAUUUUUUUUAUCUUUAUUUUUUUAUUUAUUUUUUUAUUUAUUUAUUUUUUGUCUUUUCUUCUUUGUUAUUUUAGGGUGUUUGGUUUGGUGAUACAGUUCCUCCUCUCAGUGUUAUGGUCUUUAUUCUCCCAGUGAUGUCUUGCUUAGUUUAGUUUGUUUCUUGAUGUCUUUAUGUUUUAUUCUUUCUCCUUUUUUUUUUUUUUCAUGUUGAUCCUGUGCAACUGCUAUUUAUCUUGCAUUCUUCCUUUUCCUGUUUCUAAUUCAGUGCCACAAUCUUUUUUCCUUAUUCUUUCCCAUAGUUGAUGCCUUGUUUUGUGUUUUGUCUUAUCUCAGCACCUUGGCUUGAUGGUGCUGCAGUGUUUCAUUGAAUUGACUCAGUCUGAUGGUGCGUAGCUGUUUCCUAAUGUCAUUCUGUGAGUUAUUCCCAGAUACUAGUAACGUUUUCCAUAUCAUUCGUAUUUCUGACUGGUUUGAUAUUCCUCUUACCUCUCCAGUUCAUUUGUAUAUCUGACUGGUUUGAUAUCCUCCAGGUUUAUCAUGUUCAUACAGUUUCCAGUGCUUAGUGACGAUGUACGAUGGUCGCCUGCCGGGCUGACGCGUGGUGUGUAUGUGUGUGUGGCACUGGAGUGUUGUGGUGACACGUGUGCAGUGCUGGUGUUCUGGUGUUUUGGAGAGGCCAGGCACCUUUAAGUAUCUUGCAUCAAUAUUAAAAAAAAAAUUAUUUUAGGAAUUGCAACCUGGAGCAUUAUGGAACUCUCCAGUGUUGCAGAGAACAUAGCUUUGUAUGAUGUGUCUUACAGUAGGUGUAUAUGGUGGAAGCAGCAUGAUAUGAUUUCACAAAGUGGAAUCCUAAAAACUCUUUCUUUUCAUCAUACGUGCCUGCCGGGGCUCAGACCAAAGGCUGAGUGAAGUGUGCUAACUGAGUCUGUUUUGUCGUAGUGGAGUGUGAGUGUGUGCCCCGUGGAGGACAGUCAGUGCAAGCCUUCAAGAGAGUAUUACCAAUAUGAGGCUCUUCCUGUGACAGUGUCUCAGUCACCCACAAAAGCUGCAGGUGGAGUUUUGCCUUGAGUUUGUACCAGAUUUAUCCGCAUGUGGUCUUAGCAAGUAAGGACAUUCUGUUGUGUUCACAUGAGCAAAAGUGAGACAUGAGCAAAACCACAAUUUUUCUGUACAUAAAUAUAUAACGUCUAGUGUCCAGAGGAACAAAUUUUGCCAUGGAUGGGACCAAAGACUGGGAGAAAGAGAUAGAGAGGGAGAAAGAGAGAGAGAGAGAGAGCAAGUGAUAGAUAGAAAAGGAGAGUGGGAAAGUUGAUGAGAAGAGAUAAUUUUAAUCUAUUAGUAAUUUUUAUACUGUGACAUAGGAGCAUUGGCCUGUGAGGUGCUGUAAUGUUAGUGUGACUUCCCCUGAAGGCGCACUGCUUUCAGGGGGAUGGGAUGGGGGUGAGUGAAGACAGCCGGGGCGGGUGAAGGUGAGGCACACGGCUGCUCUGCUAAGACUAGUGGACGGGAGACUCCUCUUCCAAUGACCUCGACAGACAUGACUCUUAGCGUAGACUGGAUCUCAACAUUGUAAUGCACCAAAGUCCCCGAAACAGACAUCUAGUGGCUGUGUUUCUCCGCAUCCCAAGAGAGAGAGGAUCCCCGAGUCUGUCGCUGCAGGUUGCUUUUACUCAAGUACCAUACAUGUGGUUUUUAUCAAUGUGUAAGAGUUUGUAUGUAUACUUGCAGGAACUUCACGUGCAUCCAAUUUUCUGUGUGCAUUGCUGAGUGGGCUUGUGCAAGAUUAGGCUUGUAUUUCUCGUUUAUGUUCUGCUAGCAGGAGUGUUCGGGCCAUGUCCUCAAAUGUUUUGGCGUCUCAUCAUGACAACUUGUAGCAGACUCAAGUGGAAGUUAUUGGAGAUUUUCAAGGGUGUUUCUAGAAAUAGUUAAAUAAGGAUUCUGCACUAUCAGCGGGAGAAAUACAUCAUGAGAAUGUGACUAAUCAUCUCAAUGGCCUUGGAAAACAAUCAUCAUGAGAGAACAGAGUGUUUCAGAACAUGUGCCCUUGUCUCAUUGGCUAAAUCAAUGCGUUGGUGAGGUGUCUCCACUCCCAGAGAGAACCUCGUAUGUUGCCGUGUGGCAGGAUUCACUAGUUAAUGAUUCACAGUAGCUUUAGUGUAUAAGUCGUAGCAGCAAAGAGGUUUAUUUCCUUUUUAUUCUUAGCAGUCAGUGGUGUCUGUGUUUCUCACCAUGGGAGCAAGUGAGUUUGUCAAGAGGUAGCCAGGAGUAUGUGAUGACCAAUUUUGAGGUUCUUUCAAGAGCAACAUUGCCACUUGCUGUUUCUCUGUGCCAUGUCCCGCUAGCUGUGAUGAUCCGUAGAGGAGAAAAAUGUUACGGGAUUCCUAUUAACUUGUCGUCCUUUUCAAACUGAUACGCGCACGCACGUUUCCUCCGCUGCACAUGAAGUUAGUCGGUUUGUCAGUAUAGCACACCCUGGGAUCAGUUUUCGGUUCCCAUUUGUCUCAUUCACUCCAUGCUUGUUUCCGUCGCUGCAAAUGAGAUUAGCUUAGCAGUUUGUCAGUACAACACAGCCAAUACUCAGUCUCGUCUCUCAUCACUGCUUGUUCUUCAGUAUUAUGAAGUGGCUUCCUUUUUCCCACCUGAAGAAGUAUUUGUAGGCUUUCACUGAGAUCAACCAUUGCAGUUAUUUUUGUGGUGGGCAAAGUUAGGGAAAGCUAGGUUAGGUUAUGCUAAACUUCAUCGAACUUAACCUGACUCAACAUAAGUUAUCCUGGCCAAGUUAGAUUGUGCUGUGUUAAAGUUAAUCUACCUUAACAUAACUUAAUCUGACUUACCCUUGCCCGUUCUAGAAAUGGUCAUGAAUGCUUAGCUUUGUGUGAUUUUUUGAAUUUGCUCAUGCAUUCAGUUUGUAGUGGAGAUGUAGAGAAAAACAAAGCAGUAGUGGAUGGACUGCAUAAGGGGACAAUAGAGAGAAAAGUGGAGUUUAUGAUUCUGUAUGUAGUCAGUUCAAGCUUUAGUUUUAUCCCAGAUUGUUGAGUCAAGUCAGCAGGAAGGACUCACGUUGUGGUGGUGGUGGUGGUGGUGCUGGCUGGGUUGCAGUCAGGCAGUGGAAGUGAAGGUUGCUAUAUUGUGCCAUUGUAAACUCCAUCCCACAAAGGUUAUUCCAGGGAAAUAUUGAGCCUAAAUUAUUUCUCCCCCAUAAAAAAAAAUUACGCUUAAGUCUAACCUAACCUAUCCUUGCUCAACCUAACCAAACCAACCUAAUCUAACCAAGCCUAACCCAACCCAGCCCAACCCAACCUAACCUAACCAGAUUUACCAUAGUGGGGGCAAUGUUUAAGGGACAUAUUUUCUUGGGGUGAAUUUGUGUCAUGUGGUAUUCGCACAAAAUUGAUGGUAAUGAUUAUGCUUUAUGUUUGAUUCUUAAUUGUUGCGUCUUGUGAUCAUCUUGUAUUUUGGUGCUCGGGUUUUUUUUUUCCCCCUCCUUUUUUGUGGGAAAUGAUUGAAAAGUUUGCUGUUUCCGUUUUUCUUCUUUUUACCAAAUGAAAAGUUUUUGGUUCCUCUCAAAUUUAUCUCUCAGGUUAUGAAUUUCACCCCUCUUAUUUUGUAGUACUUCACUUGUUGCUGAUUAAUUCCAUUUUCAAUUUUUUAUUGGCAUGUUUUUUUUGAAAUUUUUACCAUGUUUUUACCCUACCGCAGUUUUAUUAUUACUAUCACUAUUCUAACCUACCGUUUUAGUUGCUUAGAACAUUUUGUAGUGGUGCCGUAUGACAGGUGUUGCGGUGCCUUCCCUUUUUAAGCCAAGCAAGCAAUCUCAGUGCUUCCCUGGUGCCUGUCCCUCAGUUUACCAGUUUCCCCAUGUCUCCAAUAUUCCAAGGCAGGGCGUGACACAAUAAUCCUUACGUUACAGCUCAUUAAGGCUUCAUAUUUGUAUGAUGCACGUUAGUUACCUCAUUUUGACCACAAGUUACCAUAUCAUUCCUGUGCAUUCCUCCUUGUGCCUCAUUCUCUGCACAAUGUUGAUUUUUUUUUCUUUGAUUUUUUUUUUUUUUUUUUUUUUUUUUUUUUUUUUUUUUUUUUUUUGCUCAUCAUCUCGGUUCACUGCCGACUUUAUUGCCAAGAAAUGAAAUUAACUUGCCAUCAGGAAUUUUGCCAAAGUGAAGUGUGUAAUUUUUUAUUUAUUUAUUUAUUUUUUUAUUAACUUCUGUGCCGUAUAGUUUCACUUGUAUGAGUGAUUAUUCUUUUUUUUAUUUCCGUAUUGGGAUAGAGAAUAUUACUGCCAUUGUCAGAAUUUUGUUAUCCUGUGUAUUCUCACUGUAUUCAUCCAGAUUGCAGUAUUCCCUUUGUAUUCCUAACAUUCCUUCCACGUAUUCUCAUUCAUCCUUGCAUUGUGUAUAUAUUUCUCUGUAUCUUUCCUUGUAUUUGAAUUCUUCCUUGCAUUUCCUGGGAAGUUCUCUGUAUCAUUUCUUCAUUUCUUCAUAUUCUCAUUCAUCCUCAUCCUUGCUUUCCUCUGCACUCCCUCAUUGCUUUCUCAUUCUUCUUCCUUCCAUUUCUCGGGAAGUCUUUCAGUUACUGGCAGAAAAUGUGAGACUGCUUCAUUUUUCAGUUGUAUUCUUGCAUUUCACAUUUUUCUCUGUCCUCUCUCAUUGCAUUUUCACUUUUCUUCCUUGCAUUUCUCGAGAAAUUAGCAACCAGGAAGCGCGUGUAUUCCUAUCCAGUGCGUUAGAUCUUCUCUUGUAUUCUGCUGCUUCUUCCUCAUGUUUAAUUUUGUGGUCUUUCAUAUUCUUCUCCUGCUCUUUUCACUGGGUUAUCCUCCACUUCCAUCCUCCAUCUUGCACCCUUUUCCAGUAUGUUAAAUCUGAUCCUUAUUUCUUCGUGUCACCCUCAAUAUCAUACCUUCAUUCAAAUCUGCCGUCAUCUGAAUUUUUUCCCUUCAACUUGCUUCCUUGCCCCUUUAUCAGUGAGUUAUCAUCUUCCUCCAUCCUUUCUCUUGUACUCUAUUCUUGUAUGCUAAAUCUAAGUUUGUUGGAUGCUGCUGCUUUCUGUGGCCAGAUUUUGUAUUCUUUGUUACGUGCCAAAGCUCUGUACCUACUCACAUAUCUCCCUUCACCAAGCAGACCUUGAUGAAUCUCAGAAAUAUUCCAAAUCUUGGUUGUGUACCUGACUGGAGGCAUCUGGCAAAGAUGAUUACAGUGAUGUGUGUACGUGUAGGUGUGUGACUGUACGUGAUCAUGUGUGUGUGUGUUCAUGUAUCAUUUUUAUCAUCCUCCAUACUAGGUUAGCUCUUCCCACUUCUGUCAUUUUAUUAAGAUCAACAUGUGUCACAUCCCCGACAUCAGAAACGUUUCUUUUCGUAGCAUGCAUCGUAGAAUUAUCUACCCACCUAUGUACGUAUUGCCAGUUGCAUGAUACCUCCCAUAUAACAUACCAGAAACCCCCUUCCUUACUGUUAAUCUUAAUUUGCAGCCAGCCUGUGUUCUGAGGACUAGUGAAGCAGGUCUUUGAGUCUGUAGGUGUGCAGUCUGUGUUAGCAACAAGCUGUAUUAGUGGUCCUUCUCUAGUCAGUUAAGUGCAGGAGGCCUUGGCAGUGUGGCACGGCUCAACUCUCAAGGGACGGCCAAGCCACACGCCUCACCACAAAGUUGCCGGCACAAAGCUACUGGUGGUGUUCUCUUGAGAGACUGCUGGUGGCUGCGUCUGGUGGCUUCAGUGAUAGCUUUUAUUAUGCAAGUGUAGCGCCGUAUAUUUGAUUACCGCUAGUGAUGUAUAGUUAAGCAUUUGAUCGAUACCUUCCUUUAUAUUGCUGUGACUUCCUUUCCUCCUUCCUUCCUUCCUUCCUUCCAUCCUCCUCCAGUUACUGAAGUCAUGUUCGCAUAAGUACGUAUACAUUUAGUGACGUAAGGAGAAUUCUAUUGCAUCCCUUUGGGCAAUUAUUAUUAUUUUCAUCAGUUAUCAUUAUUAUUAGUAUUACUUUGGGUAUGAUCAUAAUAAAAUAAUAUGAAUGUAUGUAUGCAUGUAUGUAUGUAUGUAUGUAUAUGAAAAAAAAGAAGAGAACCAGAUUAAUUCAUAUUUUAUAAUGCUAUACUACUUAAUAAUAAUGGAAUUGCAUAUAUGUAGUGGUAAUUUCAGAAAUGUAUAAAGAUGUAAUGCUAGACAGAACUGAAGUGUAGUGUUGAGGUGCCAAGUGAGAGUAUGUGUAUUGCUGCUUCAUGCACAGGGGGGUGAGGUGUGUGGUGGUGGUGGUGGUGGUGAUAGUGGUAGUGGUGGUAUUGGGAGUGAGAGGCAGGGGUGUCAUCUCUCUUCAUCCCCUGUGCUAAUUGAAAAGAUGUGAAGGGAAUGAGGAAGAGGAGGAAUAGGUGUUAUCUUCUCUCUACAUCCCCUUAUGUUGUAAUAGGGAAUGUGGAAUGGAAAGAACAAUACAGAGGGAAGAUAAAUAACCCACCUCCUAUGUAUUAGCCCCAUAGAGAGUGUAUAUACGAGAUAGAGAUGAGAUAAAAAUUACCAGAAAAUCGACCACCAUCACCACCACUACUACAACCACCACAACCAGAACGUAAUGCAAGCAGCACCGUUGUGUCGAGAUGCAUACGUUAAUGCAACUCUUAAUUAACCACCGAUGACUUGUAUGUCUAUGUAUGCACGUUUUGUGUGUAUGUGUGUGUGUGCGCGUACAUGUGUGGUGUGUCUACAUGUGGUUUCUGGGAGGCGAGAGAGAGAGAGAGCCGCCAGCUUUAAGUGUGAAUAUGCUGUCACUCCUUAACCUUGGCUGCUUAGCAUCUCAUGAGGGAAGGUCUUGAUGUGGGUCCCUAUUCUGAAGCAUUUCUGUGCUGCAUCUCACUACGUUCAAAAAGCUCCAGUUGAAGCGACAUGGGUUUUCAAGGCUGUUUCUGUGGUUCUAGUGACAGAUUAACAAGAUUUCUACAUUAUUAAUAGUUGUGGUGAGAGAGCAAGGCAUUUCAGAAUACAGGUCUUGAUCUCAGCUUGGGUUUGCAGAGCCAUGUUCUCAAAUGUUUCCUUGUCUUAGCUACCUUCACCAGGCUCUAUUGGAGGUUACUGGUGUCCUCAAGGGUGUUUUUUAUGGCCCUAGUGACAGUAGGAGUUUAGUGAAGAUUACUGGUGUUUUCAAGAGUCCAUGAUUCCAGUGACAGCUUUAGAGGCACUAGUGGAAGUUACUGGUGUUUUCAAGUGCUUUAAUUUCAAGUGGCAAUAGAAGUAACUAGUGUUUUCAUGAUUCGAGUGAUAGUUUGACAAGCACUGCACACCAUCAGGAAGAUAAAAAUACCUGUUAGAACCCAACUAAUCACCUCUGUGGCCUUGAAGAGAUAGUCAUUAAGAGAAAAGAAGAAAGGCCUAAGAAUUGUUUAUAUCAUACAGACCAAGUACAUGUAGUUAAUAGUAAGCAUAGAGGUAUAAACAGAUAGAUAUAAACAAGACCAAAGGAAGGCUGAGAAGGCAGAAAACCAGUAUUAUAGACCAGAGCCAUGAAGUUAAUAGGUAAAGCGCACAAACAAGACUACGUAAGCUGAGAAAGUUAAGUUGUGGAUCCACUAAAACAUAUCUGAGCAUCAGGUUUGGCCAAGGCUGGGGAGUGGCGGCUGUGUCUUGCAUUGUGUAGUGUUGUGAGUGUUUCUAAUGAUCCAUGCAACCCCCUCCCAAAAAAAAAACAAGAAAGCAGUGUAUUAUUUUGUACUUGUGUGUGUGUGUGUGUGUGUGUGUGUGUGUGUGUGUGUGUGUGUGUGUGUGUGUGAUGCUUGAUUGAAGUUUAUUAUUAUUAUUUUUAUGUUAUUAUUACAGGUAGUAUUAUUUGAGAAGAGGUAAAGACAACUCUUGCUAUAUUAUCAUGCUCUUUCUUUUUUUUCUUUUGUAAUAAGUAUGUAUGUAACUCAGUAACCAGAUUCUUUAUUCAUCCAUACCAGAUCUUCCUUCGUUCUUCAGUGAAUAACCAUCGAAAGAAACAUCCCUCGGGAAUCACUAAACCAAACUUGUAAAUUCUUGCGUGAUGUUUCUUCACUUCUUUAUUCAUUUAAGAGAGAAAAAAAUUAUAAACUCCUCAAGUGCAUAAAACUGUGGAAAGCUGUAGACAUGAACAGACAUUUACCAUUACAGCUACCAUUCUAACCUGUUCAUGUGAAGGUGUGUGUCAGUAUACUACUUCAGUACAGUACCUUCACAAGCCUCACCCUUCUUUAGCUCAUUGGCUGAGGGAAUAAGACAUAACUGAUAUUCUUGUACAUAGCUCACAUAAAACCUAAGAAUAGAUGACCAGUAAGAUGUUUCUGCUUCAGCCAAUGAGCUACAGAGAAAGAGGGAGAGAGAGAGAGGGAGGGGGUAGUGUUUGUGAAGGGACAGGACAACACCUUGGGGAAGUUACUGUUGAAUCUUGUUGAACCAAAUACUUGAUAGUUUAAUAGAUGGUAAUAAUAUGUUUUUUUCCUUCUUCUUGUGCCAUUGAAUGCAUCUAAAGAGGGGCGCAUAUCAACAUACACCCAAAACUAAAUUGAUUAACUUUUUUGGGGGGGACUUUGCUUAACUAAGUGACAAGUUGAAAUGCUGUUUUUCUUGAUCCCAUUUUAUUCAUGCUUGAUCAGACUCGUUUACAUAUAAGAAAAAAAAAAUGAAAAUGCAGUCUUGUGAUGGUGUUUAGUUAAGACACUAUACACGCUGGCAUACUAAAAUAAUAAUAAGUAAAAUUAAAUACAGUCUUGUGAUGGGAUUUGGUUAAGACAAGAUUCUACAGCAACUUUCAGGUAUAGCAUUUCUAAUUGAUUCUCUGGUAAGCUUGGAUUUAUACAGUAGUGGAAGAGUGAGUGAGUGUCUUUCAGUCUAGCGUAGUGCUCCCUGUGCCAGCUUGUUUCCACUCUUCCUCCUUUUCUACUGUGUAAGGCGACUUGUCUCAAUUAAAUGUUAUAUGAUAAUG